GUUGACAAAUAAAGAAUUGCUCAAUUGUUCUCAAUUCCAUUGGACUUGGAAGAAGAGAACGUCUAAAUCAAAUGCUAAAAUCUUGCAAAUUUGUGCCGUCGGUCACUCUGUAAUGGCGACAUUCCGACGGGCAGCUUGCUGUUCUUGGCAGUGAUCGUCAACAAGACAAGCGAUCGGCCAUCUCCUUCUCGCCCGAUCUACUUCCCAAUCAGAGACGCCUCGGCCAUCGCUUGUAGCUUCGCUUUGAGUGACUUCUACAAGAGAUCUGAGCAGUUUUUCCACCCUCAUAAAUCAAUGCUUUGUGAAAGAUCUGUGCCAAGAGAUCUUAUACGGGGAAGUUCAUAAAUCACUAUGGGGUGUCUGAACCAGCAAAUUGAAGUCAAUGGCAUAUGUUCAGAGCCCAAAGGUGGCAUGGGUAAGCCAUCCCGGAGUGCCUUGGCUUGCAUGGUGAACUCAGAGAUUGGUGCGGUUUUAGCUGUGAUGAGAAGAAAUGUACGAUGGGGGAUUCAGUAUGCCUCUAGUGACGACCAGUUAGAGCAUUCUCUCAUUCAAUCCUUCAAGGAACUACGGAAAAAGAUCUUCUCAUGGCAACACCAAUGGAAUAUUGUUGAUCCAUUAGUCUAUCUCCAGCCAUUUUUGGAUGUGGUCCAAUCUGAUGAAACCGGUGCACCAAUUACAGGUGUUGCUUUGUCAGCCAUUUACAAAUUCUUGACCCUUGAGAUUCUUGAUUCGACUACUAAGAAUGUAGAUAAGGCUUUGCAUCAGAUAGUUGAUGCUGUCACUAGCUGCCGGUUUGAAGUUACGGAUUCAGCCUCUGAAGAAGUUGUGCUGAUGAAGAUUCUUCAAGUUCUUUUGGCGUGCAUGAAAAGCAAGGCAUCAAUUUAUUUGGGAGACCAGCAUGUAUGCAAUAUAGUAAAUACCUGUUUCCGGUUGGUUGGCAUGAUGAUGGACGUUCAAACACCUGGGGAUGGACAAUCUGACAAUGGUUCUGUUAAUGCAGAAUCUAAGCACAAGACAUCAUCUGAUGAAGGUUCUGUUAAUAUACCUCCUUUGAAUGUGUCCCCAAGUCUAUUAGCAAGCAAAAAGAAUGAACAGGGCAGCCAAAAGGAGAGUGUUAUUGGUGGAGCUCUUUCCAUGAUGGAUCCUUAUGGAAUCCCUUGCAUGCUGGAGAUACUUCAUUUCCUAUGUUCUCUUCUAAAUGUGAUGGAUCACAUGGAAAUUGGUCCAAGAUCCAAUCCUAUAGCAUAUGAUGAAGAUGUCCCCCUUUUUGCUCUAGGUUUAAUUAAUUCAGCAAUUGAAUUGGGUGGGGCUUCUUUUGGAAGGCACCCCAAAUUAUUGGCCUUGAUACAGCAGGAAUUGUUCCGUACUUUGAUGCGAUUUGGCUUGUCGAUGAGCCCACUAAUCCUUUCAACAGUUUGUAGCAUUUUUUUAAAUCUCUAUCAGCAUCUCCGUGAUAAACUAAAGCUGCAGCUUGAAACUUUCUUCUCUGGCGUGCUCUUGAGGAUUGCACAGAACAAACACGGAUCUUCUUAUCAACAGCAAGAAGUUGCUUUGGAAGCUCUUGUUGACUUUUGCAGGCAAAAUGUUUUCAUGACUGAGAUGUAUGCUAAUUUUGAUUGUGACAUCUCCUGCAGCAACAUAUUUGAAGAACUUGCUAGCCUAUUGUCAAAGAGCACGUUCCCAGUCAAUAGCCCUUUAACAGCAAUGAACACCAUUGCUUUGGAUGGUCUAAUUGCUAUGGUUGGUGGUGUUUGUGAGAGAAUCGGGCAUGGUCCAGUUUCAGAACUUGUUUCAUUAGAUUCUGAAGAAUAUAAGCCGUUCUGGACUGAGGAAUGUCAAGACUAUAAUGAGCCUAUCCAUUGGGUUCCAUAUGUGAGUAAGAUGAAACAUAUUAAACAGAAGUUGAUGAUUGGAGCUGACCACUUUAACCGAGAUCCUAAGAAGGGUCUGCAAUUUGUUCAAGGGAUGCAUUUGUUACCUGGCAAGCUAGAGCCCACAAGUGUAGCAUGUUUCUUGAGAUACGCACCUGGAUUGGAUAAGAACCUUAUCGGGGAUUUCUUGGGGAGUCAUGACGAGUUUUGCAUCAAUGUGCUUCAUGAAUUUGCAAGGACAUUUGAUUUUGCUGGAAUGAAUUUGGAUAUAGCACUACGGAUAUUUCUGGAAACAUUUAGAUUGCCGGGAGAAUCACAAAAGAUACAGAGGGUACUCGAGGCAUUUGCCGAAAGAUAUUAUGAGCAAUCACCAGAUAUUCUGGCAAACAAAGACGCUGCUCUCCUCUUGUCAUAUUCAAUCAUAAUGCUCAACACCGACCAACACAAUGCCCAGGUUAAGAAGAAGAUGACAGAAGAGGAUUUCAUUCGCAACAAUCGGAGAAUUAAUGGGGGAAAUGACCUUCCUCGUGAGUUCCUGUCUGAUCUUUACCGCUCCAUAAGUGAGAGCGAAAUCAGGAUGACCCCAGAUGCUGGUACUGUAUCCACUGCUGUUAUGAUGCCAAGCUACUGGGUUGGUUUGGCCCACAGAUCCAACCAAACCGCCCCAUACAUAGUAUGUGAUACGAAACCUUACCUUGACAAACAUCUCUUUUCUAUAUUGUCUGGGCCUGCAGUCGCUGCCAUCUCUGUGGUUUUUGAUCACGUCGAGCACGAAGGCAUUUUGCAGACAUGUGUUGAUGGAUUCAUGGCUGUUGCUAAGAUUUCAGCAUCCUAUAACUUUGAUCAAGUGUUGGAUGAUUUGGUUGUGUCACUAUGCAAAUUCACCAACAUGAUGCUGCCAUCAUACUCUGAAGACUUCAUUAUUAGAUACGGCGAUGAUAGCAAGGCAAGAAUGGCCACCACUGCAGUUUUCACAAUAGCAAAUGAGUAUGGUGACCACAUUCGCUCGGGCUGGAAAAACAUUCUGGAUUGCAUCUUAAGCUUGCACAGGUUCGCCCUUCUUCCUCCUCGUAUUCUAAGUGAUGCAACUGAUGAUCAAGACUCAUCGUCUGCUGAUGUGGGAAAAAACACAUCCACUGUGGAUCCCCCUCAAGUGCCUCCCCUAACCUCGAACAGGAAGUCAUCCGGCUUAAUGGGCCGGUUUAGCCAGCUUCUGUCCCUGGAUAUAAUUGAUGAUCCUGUAGAUGACCCCAGUGAGGACCAGAUUGAUGCACGCCAACGGAUUCUCAAUAUGAUAAAUGCUUGUCACAUUGAUAGCAUUUUUGCUGACAGUAAAUUUCUGCAAGCAGAGUCUCUCUUGCAGCUCAUUCAGGCGCUUGUUUUGGCCGCAGGGAGGCCUCCUAAAGGGAGAAAGGAAGAUCAUGGAGGAAUUGCCGUGUUUUGCUUGGAUGCUUUGAUUGCAAUCACACUGAACAACAGGGACAGGAUAAUGCUUCUCUGGCAAAGUGUUUAUAAGCACAUAGCUAGUAUAGUCCAAUCAACUGCAAUGCCAUGUGCUCUGGUGGAGAAGGCCGUGUUUGGAUUGCUUCGAAUAUGCCAGCGGUUGCUUCCUUACAAAGAGAAUCUAACCGACGAGCUUCUCAUGUCUCUGCAGCUGGUGUUGAAACUCGAUGCCCGCGUCGCCGAUGCGUAUCUGCCGCAGAUCACGGAGGAACUGAUGCAUCUCGUGAAGGCAAACGCCCCGCAAAUACGGUCUCUCGUGGGCUGGCGCGCGAUCGUUUCCCUGCUAUCGAUCACGGCCCAGCACCCGGAAGCAUCCGACGCGGGGUUCGAGACGCUGUCGUUCGUCAUGUCCAGUGACGGGGCCCACCUCUUGCCUGCGAAUUACAUCCUCUGCGUCAACGCCGCCAGGCAGUUCGCUGAGCACCGGAUUGGCAGCGUCGACCGGUCCGUAACGUCCUUGAAUCUGAUGGCGGGCUCGGUUGUCUGUCUCGUGAGGUGGUCCAGCAAGACGAGGGAAUCCCUAGCGGAGGAGGCUACUUCAAAGAUGUGCCAGGACAUAUGGGAGAUGUGGCUGAGGUUGGUACAGGGGCUCAGAAAAGUGUGUUUGGAUUCAAGAGAAGCCGUGAGGAACCACGCGAUUCUGAUGUUACAGAGGUGCCUGACAGAAGUGGAGGGAAUCCACAUCCCAAAUGACUUGUGGUUGCAAUGCUUCAAUCAAAUAAUCUUCACACUAACAGAUGAUUUGGUUGAACUCACACAGCGUAACAACUCCGCGAAGGACCAUGGCAUCGAAGGGUCAAUCGUCUUGUCCCUUAAGCUGAUGUCAAAAGUCUUCUUGCAGCGCCUUCAUGAUCUUCACCAGCUGGAGUCUUUCCGCACACUAUGGUCAACGGUUUUGGACUGCUCAGAGAGAUGCGCGAAUGUGAAACUUAGGGGGAAGAGAAGUGGGAAGAUCAACGAAUUCGUUCCAGAGCUCCUCAAGAACAUUUUGCUGGUGAUGAAGACCAGUGGGGUUCUGUCACCCACAGAAGAAGACAACAGUCUGUGGCAACUGACAUGGUCUCGUGUGGAAGCCAUAGCCCCAUCUCUAACACCAUCAGAACUAUUUCCCCCAGCUGAACUUGUAGAAGAAGAGCAUUUGCAGAAGCAGCCAAUUGUCGCAUCUAACCAAGAAACCACUUCGUAAAACACGCUGACGCGACUAUGAGAAGAAACGCGAGGGGCCCUUUCACGGUAAGGCUUGGCUGAAUCUCUCUGUACUGUGAGUUUCUUUCUGGGGAGAGGAACUGUUUGGUAACGCAUCAUCUGUUUCACAGCCAAAUAAUUGUGUGAAGAGCAAAGCUGCUUGUUCUACUCCACUUAAUAAUCUGCUGAGAUGCAAAAUAAGCCCUCCCGGUUAUGGCUACCAAACGAGCCCUAAAAAGAGUAAUAUGCCUGAGAAGAGAGACAGUACAUGUAACAAAAUGAGUUGCACACCAUUUGUUAAAUUAUCAUUAUUUUUGUUAUACAGAGUAGUACAUUGUCACUUCAUUAAGUUACAUACACAUAUAUCUAUUCACAAUGUAAGGAUAAAUUUUGUAAUUUGAUAGAAGAAGUUGAAAGAGUCAGAAGAUGUGCUGCUGUUAAAAGAUUGUUUAU